UCAGUGACAGACGGAAGACUGAAGAGGGAUUUAAACAGGGUCAUUUACAACUGCUCAUUUCGACCUCGGUGAGCACCUCACAGCUAGCUAGCUCACUUGUAGACCCUCGCCGUUGGCGUCAAUCUACCUGCCCACACUGUCAUCAUCAAAGGGACUGCCACCUGGGCUGGAUCUGGUGUUGGGUUCCGAGAAUAUUCUGAUAUUGAAAUUCAGCAAAUGAUGAGACGAGCCGGACGACCUCAAUACGAUAAGUCAGGGACUGUGAUUGUCAUGUGCGAGCGGUCAAAGGUCAACAAGUUUCGGAACAUGCUCAACGCGAGCACAUUACUCGAGAGCUGUCUUCAUGAGAAUCUCACAGAACACAUCAACAGCGAGAUCGCUCUCGGCACUAUAAGGAACCUUCAGUCUGCCCAAGAGUGGCUCAAGAGCUCCUUCCUAUAUGUCCGGAUCCAGCAGAAUCCCAAGCACUACGCACUUGUCGCCGGUCGAGACAAGCCACAGAAUAAGUCUUGGGACGAGUGGCUGGACCAUUAUGUGGAGGUGGCUCUGAGCAAGUUGAAGUGCCACAAACUUGUCACACAUUCCACAGAAACUUCUCAGGAGGAAGAGGCAAAGGAGAACCUCCAAGUUACAGAAGCCGGGAAGAUCAUGAGCAGCCAUUGCAUCUCGCUCGGCACUAUGUGCUCGAUUCUGUCCAUCGAUGGAAGGCACGAUUUCGAGUCGCUUUUCGAGAUACUCUGUGGCGCUAGAGAAUUCUCAGAUAUACGGAUACGUCCUGGAGAGCUCCAGAUGUUGAAUUCUAUUCGAAAUUCUGGAGGUCUCAGGUUUAAAUUGGACAAUUCGCCAAAGACCUAUGCGGACAAGGUGUUCAUCCUUCUGCAAGCAUCCUUCGGCAACAUCGACGUGGCCUCACAGAUGCACAAGCUCGAGACGGGAUCUAUCGCGCUCACGCUCGGCUCUAUUUAUCAGAGCGCGGGGAGGAUCGCCAAGGCCAUUGUCCAAAUCUGUGCGGAGAAGGAACUCGGACGGACACUGCGGGCGGCCCUCGAGCUCAUGCACUGUGUCUACGGUAGAGCUUGGGAAGAUGACUAUACCGUCUUGCGUCAGCUUCUGAGGAUUGGUCCCAAAUCGAUGAAGACGCUCGAGGCGAAUGGCAUCCGAUCCUUCGACGACUUGCUGGCUGUUGAACCAAAAGACAUCGCAAUAUGGCUCUCUCGCAAACUUGAAUUUGGCAUCGAAACUCAACAACGAGCAAGAGAUCUGCCACGUUACCAAGUCGAGAUGAAGGAGAUGAGCGUUGAGACUCACGAGGACAGGCUGCCCAAAGUUUAUCUGCAAGCUACGGUGAAACAAAUCAGUGGGGAGUCCAGGGAGGCCAAGAGGCGGCGGGAAAAGCUCAAACAGGGAAACUUCCUAACUCUGUCCAUCCUAUUCCUGAGGUCAGACGGGGAGUUUGUGGACUUCAGAAGACUGCCGUAAGUGAUAGGUGUGGAUGACGCUGAUGAACAGGGCUCACAAGCUCAACAAACGGACGAGCGAUUUUGACAUCGAGGUGGAAUUUGAUGGGCCUAACCAGGAUGUCAUUGCGUACAUCGGAGUCGACGAAAUGGCGGGGUUACAAACUGAAUGUCUCUAUCAGUCAAACUUACCGAUGGCCGCCUUUCCAAC